AUGAAAUUCACUAAACCUAUUCAGAUGAGAAUUUCUUCAUUAAAGUAAAUUCAAACAAGAUAAAAUCAAGUUAAACAUAAUUAUAGUCAGAACACAAAUGCUGCUAGUUAAUUAAUUAUUUAAAUAAUUAAUUAAAAUAUCUACCAAAAAAAGUGUAAGGAUUCCAAUAAACCCUAUUAUUAAACAAUAAAAAUAUUUUAUUCAUUUAUUUAGAAAGCAUCUAAAAAUUUAGAAGGACAAAAAAUUCUCUUCAUAUUUAUUUAUGAUUAUUUUCUAUUAACUUUAGAAAUCUUCAGAAAAAAAAUCAAAUAAAAUUUUUAAUAUAUAUGUAGUAAAAAGGAAGCCCAACCUAAAAUUAAUUUCUUAACUAGAAUUUGUUAUAUGGAUGGGUAAAUGGAUGAAUCAAUAUACAACUAGGUUGUUGAAACUGUAAAUUCUAAAGAAGUAAAUUUUACUAAAAUGAUUCGAAUAUCCAAUAAGUUUUGA